CUUUGAUUCAGAAAUUAUAAUUGUCAACUGCCAAAUUUUAACCGAAAAUUGUUCUUGUGAAUCGAAAAUCAAAGCAUUUUCAUAUGUAUAUACCUAUAUAUAUUUUCGUUGCUAUUGUAAUCUGUUUGUGAAAUCAGUUUAAAUGUUAAAUUAAGUUUUUUGUCUCUUAGUUGCCUGUAUUUCGUUAAGAAAUUAGUCAUUGCGAAUUGGAUCAGUUAAAGAUUGUUGUAUCAGACCAUGAAUUAUUCGAAUCCUAGUAUAAACUUAUCGGAUGGAAUAACUGAGUACAUAACUACGAAUGAAGAUGAAUCUGACAGCACCCAAUAUUUGUCUGUUUUGAGCCAAGACCUAUCCUUACAAGAGAUGAAUGUAACUUUGACUACUGAUAAAGUCGUGGAAAAUAAUGAAGAAACUAAUCAACCUUUCAUUUUUACUGUGGAUGGUACUAAUGAAAUUUAUGGUGUUCAAGUAGCUCAAGAUGAUGAUGGUAAUCUUCGAAAAUAUCAGAUUCAAUAUAGUGAAAAUAUUAAUGGAGACUUAGUACCUAUGCUGGAAACCAUUCAAUUUUUACCCUUAGACGAAGAACAGGUGCUUUCAUCAGAAGAAAUUUGUGCAUCUACUGAAGUUACCCAACUAAACGACAAUUUUGUUGUGAAAAAUGAGGAAUUCAUCACAAACUCACAAAAUGAUUUCAACAUACAUGGUGUAACUGAACCACAUAUAAAUAGAGAUCAAGAAGAAUGGAAUAUUCCAACAACAAAUAUAACUUCCUUUCAUAUGAAACAUGAACCAACAACUUUAUUCGACCAAUGUUCUAUACUUCAAAAUGAAGAAGGGAAAACAAUUACAAUUGAAGCACAGAAUACAAUGCAAUAUGCUUCUGUUGAUUCUGAGUCAACAGAAAUUUCUGGAGAUGUGGAAAUGGAUCAUACUGAAAGCAGAAUUAUGUCUGUUCAACACCUAGAUAUACAGCACUGUUUAAAAUAUGAAGCACCUGAGGAAGUUAUUGAACAAAAACAUUUUCAACAAUUGUACUCAGAAGAAAAUCAUAUAACAGAGAGUAAUCAUCUUGUAGUUGAUAAUUCUAUGGUUAAAAAUAGUCAACAAGAAGAUUUAUAUCAUAUUUUGGACAAUAGUAUAUCUAAUUCAAAAAGUAUCUAUGAUCAAAGCAUGCAAACCAUCCUAAAAGAAUCAAUAGAUCAUCCUAAAACCAACAUUUUGAAAAAAUCAAUUCAAAAGAGCUUACUUAAAGAUUUUGCCAAUUCCGACCAUAAGAUUGUUUAUGUUCAGACAUUACCUGAAAAAGAAAAUUUAACACUUGUUGACAUUGAAAGCUUUACCAAGCCAAGCUCAAGAAGUUUAUUGAAAUGCAAUCAACCACCUCAGGUACUAAAGCAAACAGAUACUCUUUAUUCAGAUGAUAAUUAUAGUCGUCAGAAUUUAUGUUCCAAAGCUACUCCUCGUACCAAAGAGACAAAACAAAUACAGGCAUAUUUGCGAACCAAAGAGGCUAAGCAGGCUAGACAAUUCAUGAAUUUCAUCAAUUCAACCACUAUUCCUCAGGUACCAGAACGUAAAGAGAGGCUGCCUAGAAAACAGCAGAUAAAACCUGUUAAUCAUCCUGAUGAAAACAUUGUUGUCAAGGAGAUGAUAGUAUCCUCAAAUGGCUUUGUUGAGCCGAUUAGUGCUGAAGAAAAAAAAUAUCUUCCUGUUACAGAAUAUGUUGAACUUCUUGACUCAGGUGAUGAAGGAAAUUCUCUGUGCAAUAAUAAAAAAAAGAGAAAAAACAAUAAAAAUGAUAAAUUAAUUGAAAUUGAAAUAAGCGAUACUGAUGAGUCUGAUGCAGCAGAAUUAGAACCUGGAAAAUUUAGGAGCAUUCCUAAAGCAAAAAACGGAUUAAAAAAAAAGCGAGGAAGACCCCCAAAAAAUCAAACUUCUGUUGAUGAAAAAAAACAUCCCUAUCCAAACUCACCUCCUAAAAUGAGUCGUUUAGAUAGUGAUGUUGAAAGUGUCACAUCUACCUUACAAGUUAUCACAAUGGAAAGUGAAAUGAAAAAUGAGUCGUCAGAAAAGGAGAAAAAUACAGGAUCUUUAAAAGAAAUUUCAGAAAACUCCUGUGAGGUUGAAAGUUCAACAAAGAAUAGAGAACAUCAGGAGGGAGAUCUGAUUAUUACAGAACAUUGUAUGAGUAAAGAAAAAUCAUCACAAACCAAUCUGAAAAGCAAAGUAUCUCAGCUUUCUGGUGAAUCGACUUGUAGGAAGACAUUUGAAUACAAAUAUGAAUGUGAAAAGUGUAAAUCUAAAUUUAUCAAUAAGUUCAUGAUGAGUAGGCAUGAUUGUAUUUUGAAAUUUGGAUCUACCUUUUCUUGUGAUAUUUGUCAGCAGAAGUUUGCCAACAUUGUCUCUUUAAAUACACACAAAAAAAGUCAUAUUAAGGAACCCAUAUUAAAAUCAAAUCUGACAAAAAUUUCCCAAGGGAAAAUAUUUCCAAAGAAAGAAGGUGUUUCUAGUAGCUCUUCUACUAAACCAUUGAUAUCAAAUUCUAGAACUUCGAUUCUUUCUUCCAAAAAUCCCAAGCAGGUUUCAUUGUUGGUUAAAAAUAUUAAGCAAACUCUACCUCUACCUAGAAGCAAACAAUUGGUAGUUCCUGCCACAACUUCAGUGCAAUUACCAAGGCAUUCAACAUUGCCAGAAAAGAAAUGUAAUUCAGUUGAUACAUCAGAAAAUGUUGAGUUGGGAAAUAGUAGAAAGCCAAUUGAGGAAGGUAUUUACAAGCCUCCAUUAAUUGAAGUUACUCCUGGAAAAACUCCACGUAGUAAUAUUUUUAAGUGGGAAAAAAAAUGUGAUAAAUGUUCGAAGAACUUCGAUAACAAUACUUCAUGGUUUGAUCACCAAGUUUUGAAUCAUGGCUUUAAAACACCUGAUAAAACUAUUGGCGAAAAAAGGCAGAAGAAAAUCGUCAAGGAUGUUACUGAACAUAAAGGAAUACGGGCAGGUUCUACUGUUGCCAAAAGUUUUUCCAUGUUAAAAAAUAAAGUGCAAAAAAUUUAGUGCAUGAUGUGAAUAUUGUUGAAUAUUUUUAAUCAUAUAAUGAAUAUAUAUUUAUUGAUAUAGAUUUUUAAUAAUAAUUACUUUUUCAGCAUUAUGAAGUCAUUACUUAUAUCACAAAAGUGAUAAAGUUGAAAGCAAAUUAGCAAUAAAUUCAUAAUCUUACCAAAACCUUCGACUUAUCGAUUGAAUGGAAUUUUGUACCAUAUACAAUAUUAUCUAUAUUUAUAAACUGACAGAUUCAUCAAGAAUGUAAAGCUUUAUUGAAAUUCAUAUUGAAUGAUCUUUAUUACCACUCUAUAUUUGUGUGUAUAUAUAUAAAUAUAUUUCAUGAAUUUCAAGAUUUUUAAUCAUGAA